AAGCUGAACAGUCAUUGUAAGGAUAUCAGUAAUAAGCUGAACAGUCAUUGUAAGGAUACCAGUAAUAAGCUGAACAGUCAUUGUAAGGAUACCAGUAAUAAGCUGAACAGUCAUUGUAAGAAUAUCAGUACUAAGCUGAACAGUCAUUGUAAGGAUAUCAGUAAUAAGCUGAACAGUCAUUGUAAGGAUACCAGUAAUAAGCUGAACAGUCAUUGUAAGGAUACCAGUAAUAAGCUGAACAGUCAUUGUAAGGAUACCAGUAAUAAGCUGAACAGUCAUUGUAAGAAUAUCAGUAAUAACCUGAACAGUCAUUGUAAGGAUAUCAGUAAUAAGCUGAACAGUCAUUGUAAGGAUAUCAGUAACAAGCUGAACAGUCAUUGUAAGGAUAUCAGUAAUAAGCUGAACAGUCAUUGUAAGGGUACCAGUAAUAAGCUGAACAGUCAUUGUAAGAAUAUCAGUAAUAACCUGAUGUAA